AUCCUCUUCUCACUCGACUUACUUAAGCUGCUGCAGCUCUUUCUCACAUCGACUCUCUCUGUCAGCCUCGUAGCUUCUUAUAUGCCGAGUUGAGUCUUGUGAGAUCAUAGUAUUAAAAAAUUAAGCUGAGAACAUGUCCAACACAGGAUUUUCGACAUAUGUGUGUUUGCUUCUUGCUGGCUGCUUCUCCUGCAGCAGAGCAAUGCCAACCAGAGUCAGCCAGGAGGCUGUGAAUGACAGACCUGUGAUCGGCAUUUUGACUCAGUUAGUUUCAGAUGAAGUGAUGAAACCCUUUGGGAGGACCUACAUACCUUCCUCCUAUGUGAAAUACAUUGAGUCUGGGGGCAGCAGAGUGAUGCCUAUCAGAUUGACUCUUACUACUGCUGAGUAUGAAGACAUCUUCAGGAAGAUAAAUGGUUUGAUUUUCAUCGGUGGGGCUGCAGAUUUGGAGACGUCAGACUUUGCCCGGGUGGCGAAGAUAUUUUUCAAACUUGCUCAGACGGCUAAUGAUGCCGGGGACUUCUUCCCUAUCUGGGGUACAUGCAUGGGCAUGCAGCUACUGACUGUCCUGGUGGCCGGUCAGAAUCUGCUGACAAACACCACAGCUGAGAACAUAGCGAUGCCCCUCAACCUGACCACAGAGGCGAGCUCCAGUAGGAUGUUUGAGGGCUUCCCCAGCGAGCUCAUGAAGGCUUUGACCCACAAACCACUGACCGGCAACUUCCACCACUAUGGAGUUGAAGUAAAGAACUUCCGGGAAAAUGAGAACCUGCAGAGUUUCUUCUCCAUCCUGUCUACAAACGUUGCUGAGAACGGAGCCGACUUCGUCUCAACCAUAGAAGGUAAGAGAUACCCCUUCUAUGGAGUACAGUGGCACCCGGAGGUGAACCGCUUCCAGUGGGACAGCAGGCUGAACUUCCCUCACUCCCGUCAGGCUGUUCAGUUAUCGUCUCUGCUCGCUGAGUUUUUCUCCAAUGAAGGAAGGAGAAGUUUACAUCGGUUUGACAAUCCUGAGGAAGAGGCCUCGUCACUGAUUUAUAACUACACUCCCGUCUACGCCGCAAACUUCACAGGAUAUGAACAGCUCUACUUCUUCUGAGUGUCUCACAGCUACGCCUCGAAACAAAAAGGGUUGAUUUCAGCCACUUGUACACUGAUUCAGCGAUCACUCAUCACGCCGAGGAGAGGUUUCUGCACUCAGCACUUGAUGUUUUACCAAUUUAGAAGAAGUUAGAAAACUUGUCUGUGCUGUUGCUGCUGUCAAAGUUCUUGUUCGCAUAAAGAAACUGAGAUUUUUUUUUUGUCCUCUUGGCGAUUGAAAGCCUUUGCAGUACAAUGUCUGGAUGGAUCUUGUAUAUCAUUUCAUCUAAAAACCUCAAGGGACUCACAAUAUUUACAUUUGACUACAUGUAGGUCAAUAAAGAGGUGAAGGAUUUGACCAAACCAUUUCCCCUGUUGUUCAGCAGUGGAAGGAGUUGUGAUGGAAUUGUAAAUGUUCAGGUUUACUUCUGUAUUUUUUUGUGCUUUUGCAAGGAUUUCUCUUCCAUUACACAUGGAAACCUGAGAUUGAGAGUUCUCUGUUGACCCUUGCAGUUCACCACAAAUGUCAUGUCAUGUCACAGUAUUUUCAGGGUCAAGAAUGAGCCUUCAGUCUCAGAUAAUAAAGGCUUCAUUAUUCCCUUGA